GUACCGAAGAACACGAGAUUGGAAACGUUGCUUAAUUACAAAGUACGUGUCACAACAUCAAAAAACUCCACGUUCAUGGGAACACUAUUAUCCUAUGACAAAUUCAUGAACCUGGUCCUAGUUGAAUGCGAAGAGUUCCGUUUGCUACAAAAAACCAAAAAAUAUCUUGACCAAGUAAAAAAUGGAGACGUUGACCAGUCUAAAGUAAAAGAACAGAAGCGACUGCUAGGAUUGGUGAUCCUCAGGGGUGAAAAUGUGGUCAGUGUGGUAGCUGAAGCGGCUCCAAACGCCAACACUUUGAAACCACAACUAAGAUUAAAAAAAGGGAAAACAUCUGUGAAGCCGCUG